AUGUCUGGAGCUGGUACAAAGGUCAACGAUCCACACUCGAUCAUCAAAGAGGGUGCCGGAGCCAUAGCAUCAGAUUCUCUUGCAGCCGAGUCUACGAGAGCUGGCGGAGGCUUCGCUGAAAAUCGCGACGGCGAACCAUUAGGCGUUGCAGGCGCAAACUCCACAUUUGCAAAUACCAAUACAUCUGGAGCUACUCGUCUAGAUCCUGCUUCCGAUGCUGAAGCACGAAUGGCGACUGAAGAUUGGGCGGAAGAGAAGAAACUAGGAGCUACCGGUUCAUACCAGAAAGACGCCGGUAACCCCAAUGCACAAAAGAGCACAAGUAGUGCGGGGGUCGCACCGAGUUAUGUGUCCAAUCAAUACCAGUCUGGCGGCAACCCGAAAGGAAAGAACUUGACAGAAGGGGGAUUUGAAAGUAAUGAUGCAAAGAAUGCCAGUUUUACAUCAGAAAUUGGAUCAAAGAAUGAUCCGAGUCGGCUUGCUGAGCAGAAGAUGCAGAGAGAGAAUGCUCAAUCAGCAAAUGAUGCAGGCUUCCCCAGGGAUAACAACACAACAGGUGGAACGCCAUAUGAUGCUUUAGGUGGUGAUACCGCAGCUUGA